UCAAAGACUGAAAAAUCGCGGAAUUUCACAUUAGGAUGGGAUGUAUUUUGAUCUUCAAUGUAUAUCCUGGGGACGUAAUGUUGAUAUAAAAUUAUCGAAAUUUAGUGCGUAGCAGUGUAAGAACAACGAAAGGGAAAAAAAGUGGUAGCGAAAAUUGAGAUCCUUUUUGCAAAUUUGCCUUCUUCGGCGAAGGCACUGCUGUUGGGACCCGGGCUAGCCCGUUGGGCUGUUGUUGCCCCCGAGGAGAUGUCGAUUCGAACAGCAGCUUAUCGUAUUGUUCAACAUGGUCGGGUUGUCCUACGAUCCUUCAGGAAUCCCGAAAAUUAUAGCAGAGGUCAGCUUAACAAGAUACACGUCGCACAAGUAGGGAAAUCCCAGGGCCAUGUGCCUCAGGGUACCGGUAUUUCUUCAGCUGCUGGUAGGCACCUUGGCUUUCUGGGAGCCCAGGCUCGACGAUUAUUCGUCGACAAUAUCUUGAAAAGAGUCACCAACACUCUAGCAGCAGAUUUACGACGUCGAGCAGCAAGUCGUUUACUUUUUGGAGAUUCGAGACCGUUUUUUGCUCUCGUGGGUGUUUCUUUAGCUUCUGGGACCGGAAUCCUGACAAAAGAGGAUGAAUUGGAAGGCGUCUGCUGGGAAAUCAGGGAAGCAGUAUCUAAAUUACAGUGGAACAAACCCCAUAACGAGCAAAAUUACGAAACUGUCUUGGGUGAGGCCGAAUCAACAAAUCUGAAAGAUUUCGUGAUCGGUCCAGUAAUCGCGAAAGGAUGCUCAGCUGUAGUUCACGCAGCUCAUCUGAAAACUCUGACCCAGAAUGAGGACAACGAUCAACUCGUAAUUGACGACAAAAGCAAAGUUUCCACCUUUCCCCUGGCGAUUAAAAUGAUGUUUAAUUAUGAUGCCGAGUCAAAUGCGACCUCAAUUUUGAGAUCCAUGUACCGUGAAACGGUUCCAGCGCGAAACUACUACCAAAACGAGGAACUGGCCAACUGGGAGCAAGUGAUGGUUGAUAACAAACGAGUGCUUCCUCCUCAUCCCAACAUUGUCGCCAUGUAUUACGUUUUUGCUGAUCGCGUGCCGUAUUUGCCAGGAUCUCUGAGAAUGUAUCCUGAUGCUUUGCCGGCAAGAAUUUAUCCUGAAGGUUCUGGAAGAAAUAUGAGCCUCUUUCUUCUCAUGAAGAGAUACGAUACGACUUUAAAACAGUAUUUGUCCGAACGAAAUAUCCGUACAAGAGAGUCGAUUUUGCUUCUGGCACAAUUGUUGGAAGGAAUCGCUCACAUGAAUUGCCAUGGAAUUGCUCACAGAGAUUUAAAAAGUGACAAUAUCCUCCUCGAUUUGUCGGAAGAGUCCGACAACUGUCCAUCGCUUGUAAUCACAGAUUUCGGCUGUUGCUUGGCAGACAAAAAUCACGGAUUGUACCUUCCCUAUAAUUCUCACGAUAUGGACAAGGGUGGAAAUGUGGCCUUGAUGGCGCCUGAAGUUGUCACAGCUGUUCCAGGACCUUUCACAAACAUAAAUUACACGAAAUCAGAUCUCUGGACGGCAGGAACAAUCGCCUAUGAAAUUUUCGGUGAGAAAAAUCCAUUUUACGCGAGAAAAAAUGAAAUAGUGGCUCUGAAAAAUCACAGCUAUGCCGAGGAAGAUUUGCCACUACUUCCCGAGGAUGUCCCGACUGUUAUUUCUGCUUUGGUGAAGAAUAUGCUUUCUCGCAGUUUAUACAAACGACUGAGUGCAGAGAUGGCAGCUACGAUAAUGCAACUUUACCUCUGGGCGCCGAAUACUUGGUUUCAAAAGGAGGGCAAAAUUCCUUCAAGUAACGAGAUUCUCCAGUGGCUUUUGUGCUUGACCACAAAAGUUUUGUGCGAGGGUCGUAGAUUGUCGGAGGAAAAUCCAGAUUCUUCGAAACGAAAUGAAGAGGAAGUCCAUGGAGAAAACGAAUAUCAGCGAACUCUUUCGACUCAAUCUUGCGGUCGAAGAACGAUGCCCGAAUAUCAGCUGAUUGCGAGUUUUUUGGGCAGAGUCAGUCUCGGAAAUGUCAGAGAUGGUUUCAAGUGGAUUCAAAGGAACACGUAAUUUUUUUCGAUUCGACGAAGGAAAAGUGUAGUAUUAAAACCUGGAAAAAUAGGUGAAACAAAUACAAAUCUAGGGGCAUCGAGAAUCAAGCUUUAUCGGUAGAAAGGCAAAUUUAAGAACCUACUCUGACAUUCGCCAAAGGCUCUUUCUUUUUUUUCCUUUUUAGGUUUGCUAGCAGCUUUAUUUUUGAUACUUGUGAAAGCGCAAAAGAGAAAACUUGAAGAGUAUAAUUAUAUUGAAUGAAAAUGCUUUGAAAUUAAUCGUUGAUGAGGAUUUUCUGAGAGUUUAAUCUUUUGUGGUUCAG